GAGUCCCCAACUUCGGGACAUGACCAGCCGGAGUGAUCCUACGAAACCCUAGUUGACUGACGAGGCUUGUGUGAAAUCGUGAAUGAGCAAAACCCUAGCCAGCUGUCACGCUCUUGGCGCCGUGUUUCAUGUCAGGCCCCCUAAUUUUUCUUCUUCUAAUGAGCCCCGGAGCAGUUCGAAGAUAUACGACGGCGCCCGCUCUGACGAACGGGUGUCCUGACUCCAGACUCAAAGUGGAGGCCAACCGUGCAGUUCGUCAGCUCGGAUCCCGGAAGCUGAGCUAUUUCACACAUCGUGCAAGAGAAUCAAAAACUCCUUGUAACUGGACAAUAGUAUAUAGAGUUCAGGCUUGAUAAGAUCUACUAUCUGCGUGUUCAUGAAGCACGUAUUCGGGACGCCAGACCAAUAGAGGACCAAAACAUAGCUACAU